UAUGUAUAAGAUUAAUCAUAAAAAUGUCACAUGUGUACCUGAGAUUGAAUCAACGCUCAGUAUUUUAUAAUACUGUCAUUCAUUCUGCACUUAAGGGAGACAGUGAAAACUCCAAAGGAAUUGUAUAAAUUUUUAUUAAGAUCGUGUGAUAAUCUUCCUAAAGGUCCUAAAGAAUUUUAUAAACACGCAAUUAAACAGAGUUUUAAGCAACAUGUAUUUGAACCUGAUCCUGAGAGAGUUAAACAAAUAAUUGAUAAAUCAUUAGCUGACGCCGAAUGGAUUUUUAAAAAGUACAAAAUAGAUAUCGAGACGUUAAUAAAAAAAAAAGUCUGAGUAAUUAAAUCAGUAGGAUAAAUAUAAGUCUAUAGAAUUUAAAGGUUUAAAAUAAAAUGAAUUAUCAGGUGUUAAUAAGUAAAGAGAGUGAUUUGACGUCAAAUAAAUUUUGGAAGGGCAUAGAAAUAUUGUUAAACAAUAGUCAUUUGAUAAACAAAAGAAUAGUAUCAUCAACAACUAUUUUAAAAAUUGAAUUGACAAAUAUUGAUAUUGAUUCUGUAGUUGAUCAUAUCACAAAUAUUACAGAUAUAUCUCAACUUUUUGAGUAUGAUUUAAAUAAAAACUUUAACAUUAUUAAUAAUUAUGAUUUUGUUACAUUAUCUGAAGACUUUAAUAUUUUUUAUGAAGACAAUGAACCUGAUGUUGAUGCACAUAAAAUAUAUUUGAUAAUUAAAAAAUUACUGCCAAGGGAAAAUGAAAAAUUUUCGCAAACUAUUGAGUUUGAUAUCGUUGAUAAAAAUAAUAAAACAAUUGUAUGUUUCACAAAGCAGUUGGAUGAUAAUAGAAAAUCUGUUGGUUUAGAUUGGCCGUAUAAAAUAAUAAAUAAUAAUCGACAAGUUAGUUUAUUAAUUCCGACAAAAUAUUACGAUAAUAAAUCAAGUGAUCCAAGUAUUGAUUGGCUCAAGACUAAACUUUUUGGGAGUUUAAUUAAAUGGAUGAAGUAUGAUGAUAAACAAAAAAAGUCAUUUGUUCAGGGCUCAUUGAAUCUUAUAUCUACUGAGAAAUAUUGUUAUUUGUAUACUGAUUUAAAAAAAAAAUAUGGAAUUGAUUUAGUUAAAAAAUGGCCUGAAUGUACCGAUCCGCUUAAAUUUGUAUAUGAAGAUAUUGCCAUUGCGAGUUAUUUAAUUAUACUUUGGGAACAAGAAAGAAAUGAAAAAGGAAUUGAUAAAAAACAAUCGUUCAUAGAUCUUGGUUGUGGUAAUGGUUUACUUGCUUAUAUUCUUACUAACGAAGGACAUCCAGGACGUGGUGUUGAUUUACGUCGACGUAAAAUUUGGGAUUUAUUUAUUGAAACCACUGAAUUAGAGGAAAAAACAUUGAUUCCAUCAUCAGAAUCAUUAUUUCCUGAUACGGAUUGGCUAAUAGGAAAUCACUCGGACGAAUUAACACCAUGGAUACCAGUAAUGGCAGCACGUAGUUCAUAUAACUGUAGAUUUUUUUUACUUCCUUGUUGUGCACAUGAAUUUGAUGGUAGAAAAUACCAAAGAAGCUGUGCUGGUAAUAGUCAGUAUUUAGAAUAUUUAGAGUAUGUAAAAAGUAUUUGUGAAACUUGUGGAUUUAUUACACGAGUUGAUCGACUACGCAUACCAUCGACCAAACGAGUGUGUUUAAUUGGAUGGUUAAGGAAUUACCAUGAACCAGAAAUAGAAGUGAUAAAUAAACGAAUCGAAGAAAUAAUAAAUGCGCGGGCCAUAGAAAAAAUAAAUGUUAAUAACAAUGAUGAUAAUGUUACUGAUAAAUGGUCAAAUAAUUUUAAACCAAGAGAUAUAGUUGAAAAAGUUAAAAAUUGUACGAAAAUAGACAAAAAUAUUAUCAAUGAAAUUGUUAAUUUAGUUGCUAAUCAUCUGUUACAAAAAGUACGUAUAGUAAAUGUUAAUAGUGAUGAUAAUAACAGCGAAGAAUGUAAAUGGAAUGCCGGUGGUAAAAUAGAAUUAAAUGAAGUUGCUAAACUAAUACCUGCUGGUACUUUAAAACAAUUAAAAACAGAAUGUGGAGGUUUGCAAACGUUAUUAAAAAAUAAUAGUCAUAUUUUUCAAGUUAUUAAUGGAACUGUUCAAUUUAAAAUUCCUGGUAGUAAUUAUUUAGUUAGUAAAAAACGUAAAAAUAAAUCAAAUGUUAGAUUAAAAGUAAAACCAUGCUGGUUUUUCUUUAAUCAUCCCAACGGGUGUCCACUUAGUGAUAAUAAAUGUACAUUUAAACAUUGAAAUUUAUCAUUAAUUUUUUUAAUUUUAAUUGUAACUAAAUAAAAAAAUUUUUUUUUUAAUAUUGAUUUUUUUAUGAUGAUAAUUUAUUUUAAAAAUUUUAAAUGAACACAUAAAUUACAAAUAUUUCGUAACUUCAUAUUUUUUGUUUUUAGUUUUAUUAAUGAUUAAUUUUAACUGGCACACUCGAUUAUUAUUUUAAUGUAAAUCACACACAUAUUUGUUUUACACAUGUUUAUAAUGUAUAUGUAAUUU